GUUUAUAGUCACAACGUGGGGCUGCACAAGUUGGGACAGACGACAAUUAGCCGCGGAUCCAGCACUUUACCGUGUACAUCCAGUCCACAAUAUACUCGGGAGGAAAAGGCCCAAGGAAGGUGACCAACUGGGUGGGUAGCGGCCCUCCACGGCUUCCUGCGUAUCUGAGACGCUGUGCCUUGGGUACUAGUACUCAGGUACCUAAGGUCCACCGAGCGGGCAUGUCGUUCUUUGCACGCCGGGAGAACUUAGUUCGUCCUGAUAAGAGCGUCAAAGUCAAAGGAAGACGAACAAUCUGGCGGAGCCUCACGAUACUUAUUACGGAUAACCGUGCCUUGUACCUAUUUUGUACGUCUAGAUUCUAUACCAACGUCAAGGGCCUCAAGCCAGGACGACUAGGCCGCCAAGAUGCUCUCUGCUGCUUCACUACUCGCGACCUUGGCAGUGCUGGUCGUCAGCGGGGUUUUCUGCCAGAUGCUCCACAGACGACUCCUUCACCCCUUGCGCUCAGUUCCCGGUCCAUGGAUCAACAGCGUGUCAGAGCUGCCAGCUGCCUUGGCCUUGGUAACAGGAAAUCAGCACCUAUACUACAGGUCGCUGCACGAGCAAUAUGGUCCGGUUGUGCGAGUCUCUCCCAACGAGCUCAGCUUCAUCAGUGUUGAGGCUCGAGAAGCGAUCUAUGGGCUUCGGAAAGGGGGAUUGAACAUGGAAAAGAGCCCGAUUUUCCUCGGCGCGGUAGGGCAGGUCGACGGACAGACCGGCGUGAGUCUGGCGCUCAACAAAGACCACGCCCGUCAGCGCAGGGCGUUGGGGUAUCUCUUCACCAACAGUGCACUACUACGCUUGGAAGGCCUGCUCCAUAUUCAACUCGACAAGUUCGUGAGCAUUCUCGGGACCAUGGCAGCGGAGGACCGAGCGGUGGACGUCUCAGAUUGGUACACAUACCUCGCAUUCGACAUCAUGGGCGACCUGUGCUUCGCCGAGCCGUUCGGCUGCCUCGACCAGGCAUCCGCAACCGAAUGGUCCACGUCCGUGAUCAACGUCUUCGUAGCCGCGACCUGGACGCAGGCCAUCCGCCGGCUCUCCGGGGUAGGCACACGGCUCGAGCGGCUGCUGACCCGGCUCCUCGUCCCCUCCAAAGCCGCGGCGUGGCGGACCACCCACCUCAACAACUCGCGCGAGAAGACGCUCCGGCGCCUCGCAGACCACUCCGACGGACGACUCCUCCGCGACCACACCGAUUUCAUCCACCAGAUCCUGCACAACAGCACGGCCUCCAAAUCGCUCUCCCGCACCGAAAUCAUCCUCAACAUGGCCCUCUUCAUCAGCGCCGGCACCGACACCACCGCCACGGCCCUGACCGGGUGGACCUACUUCGUGUGCACGCACGGGGAAGUGUACGAGCGGCUGGUGCGCGAAGUCAGGACGGCCUUUUCUACGCCUCCUCCGCCGCUAGGAGGAGGAGGAGGAGGAGGAGGAGGAGGACAACAACACGGAGAACUUGAAGAAGAAGAAGAAGAAGAAGACGAUACUACUACUAUCAGUAUCAGGUGGGAGACGGUCAGCCGGCUGCGGUAUCUCGAAGCGACGCUGAACGAGGCGCUGCGCCUGUUCCCGCCGUCGCCGGCGACACAGCAGCGGCUGGUUCCGGCGGGCGGGGCGACCAUCGACGGGCACUACGUCCCCGCGGGCACGACGGUGGGGGUGUCGCCGUGGGCGUCGACGAGGUCAAGGAUGAAUUUUCAUGAGCCUGACAGUUUUAAACCCGAGCGUUGGUUGGUAGGAGGCGAUGAGGGGGGCGGGAAGGACUCGGACUUCUCGAAUGACCGGCUCAACGCGUCGUUGCCGUUUGGGACGGGACCGAGGGUGUGCAUUGGCAAGAACCUGGCGUAUAUGGAGAUGCGCCUCAUCGCGGCGCAUUUGCUGUACAAUUUCGACCUUGAGCUGGACAGGGGGGGGAGCAUGGAAGGGAGAACCGCGUGUGGGGCCUGGACGGACGGAUGA